AUGAUGGUUAUAGGUUAACUAAUACUGGAUAUGAUUAUUUGGCACUGAAAACAUUUACUGCACGUCAACUUAUAUCAUCAUUUGGUAAUCAGAUUGGAGUUGGUAAAGAAUCAAACAUUUAUGUGGUUGCUGAUCCUGAGGAUAAACCAAUAUGUUUAAAAUUACAUAGAUUGGGAAGGACAUGUUUUCGUAAUUUAAAAGAAAAACGGGAUUAUCAUGCACAUCGACAUAAGGCUGGUUGGCUGUAUUUAUCAAGAAUUUCAGCAACAAAAGAAUAUGCUUACAUGGAGGCACUAUCAAAAAGAGGUUUCCCUGUUCCAAAACCCAUUGAUAUCAAUCGACACUGUGUGCUUAUGGAAUUAGUAAAUGGACAUCCUUUAUCUCGUCUUUAUGAAGUUGAUAAUGUAGAAAAUUUGUAUGAUGAUCUCAUGAAUUUAAUUGUUCGUUUUGCUCAACAUGGAGUUAUACAUGGCGAUUUCAAUGAAUUUAACAUAAUGAUUAAUGAUGAGGAAAAACCCAUCAUUAUUGAUUUUCCACAAAUGGUGUCGGUUACUCAUGCUAAUGCAGAAAUGUGA